AUGGCAAGGAUCUCUCUGUUGUUCGCGUUGGCCUUCGUUGUAGCCAUCGGCUCAGUCACAGCUCACGCACCUAUCAACAGGAGGACACAAAAGAACGUGUGUCCAUCUACUUUGUCUGAAGUCCAACAGUUCCCCUCCGUUGAAAUCUCCAAGCUCAUUGAGAAGAAGGCCCUAACCGGACCUAACACCCUUCAGUUCAGGACUUUGUUUGCCGUCUGCAAGAGCUACAACGACUACCUCGCGUCCAUCAAGUUCUCAGCUGCCAAGAAUGUGCUUGGCUUGGUUCAUGCCAAGUACGCUUUGGUGACCAAGGCGAUGCUUGCGGCGCAAGCAUUAGUUGGUGUUGAAGGACAACUCUCCGUUGAGCUUAGCAAGAGUUACACCGGGAUGGCUAAAGGGUAUGUUAGCAUUGUGCAGACGAUUGCUCAGCUCUCCGCUAAGUACAAGUUCAUUGCUAGUGCUGAGAUCAGGAAGAGUGAUAGGGCUAAGGUCGAGAAGUGUUUGAGUAAGUUGAAGGCUGCUAUUGAUGUUUUCGUCAAUGUAGUCUCUGAGUGCAGCAACAAGUUAACUUCCGAGGAGAAAGUCGGUCUACCCAUUAAGUUCCGCGGCGGUUUCAUCGGUAAGAAAAGUCUCGGAUUUAGAGAAAACUUUAUCGGCUUGGGCGCCAACGGCCAAGUUGGAGGCGAAGUCGAAGCUGGAGUUAAGCUCGGAGGACACGCCAAGGUUGGAGCCAAGGUUGGAGCUAAAGCCGGAGCCAAGGUUGGAGCUAAAGCCGGUGCCAAGGUUGGAGCUAAAGCUGGAGCCAAGGUUGGAUCUUUUGCAAGAGGACUGUUCCUGGUUCACUCAGAAUGCUUGGAGUCUAAUUACAUUGCAAGCAGGCCCUUUAGAGUAAACGCUGGACCAGUUCAUGCUUAUGUGGCUGUUCCAGGUGGAAAGACUUGUUACCUCUCGGAGUUAAGGAGCGGAAGAGAAGUGAUCGUUGUUGAUCAGGAAGGGAAACAGAGAACAGCAGUUGUUGGACGAGUGAAGAUAGAGAAGAGACCACUUAUCCUUGUGGAAGCUAAGCUUAGUGCAGAGGAGGAGGAAGAAACGUGUUUUAGCAUUAUCCUACAGAAUGCGGAAACAGUUGCAUUAGUGACUCCUAAUCAAGUAAACUCAUUGAGGGAAAGCGCGAUUCCCGUGACCUCGAUGAAACUUGGGGAUCAAGUUUUGAUCAGGUUACAGGGCGGUGCACGCCAUACUGGUAUAGAGAUUCAGGAAUUCAUUGUUGAGAAUUGA